GUCUCACGGACCCCGAAACGGGAAGAUCUGUCCGUCUCGCGUGAAGCGCGGGGAUUACAUCUCGAGGGGUAAUGAGGACAGAGCUGAGGGGCUAAGGAGGGGGGAAGAAGUGACGGCAAAGAGAAUGCUUUCAAAAUGCUUUGCUUUGGAAUUUGGUAUCAGUGCCAUCAGCUGCAUGGUAACCAUGACCAAAUUCAUGGAGGUGGGAGGUGGGAAUGGACCAUCCAGAUGAUCCACAACGGAGUUAUCCGAGAAUCUGGGGAUGACAAGAGAGAGGGAGAGAGAGAGAGAGAGAGCGAGGCAGAGGACAUACUGCCGAGAUUUACCGCCCUCCUAAUGAAGUGGGGCGUGGUCCACCGCCUCUGGCGCUCUUUGCGCCUAUUGAUUGUGUCUCAAUCCAGCCAGUUUUACCUGGCUGGCAACAACAACAAGAGUCUCUCUCGGUCUCCAGGCUGGCUCUCCCCCUCCACAGCCCACUUUCGGACUACACUCUUCCCUUGGCCUUACCCCGGACCAAGUACCGCCUCAAAUUCCCAAUUCUUUCCCCUCCUUCCUUCCUUCUUCCUCCUUUCCCUUUCGCUCUCAUCAAUCAAUCCCGAUUAAUUGAAGCAACACAAUAUCUCACUUCUCUUCUUUGGUGGCGAUUCUACUCUCAACCUUUCCCACAAAGAUUACAAGGCUAUUUCCGGUCUGAUCUGACACCUCUAUUUCCCACCUCACUCUUAUCACUUUAUUGCCUGGCCUUGGACUUUCUUCCUCCCCCCCCCUCCCCCUUCCCUCCCCUCUCGUCCCUCGUCCCUCCCCAUUUUGGUUCAGUCCGU